GUACAGUCAUACCGAUCGUCGGGAAAUUACCGGAGAAUGGCAUGACAGGCAGUGGUAGUUCGAUGACACAUGAGAUAUCUACUGCUUCUGAUAUAUACGACCUGGCCGCUGGUAACCAGUAAUGGAAGCUGGGUAAGCUGUGAAAGGAGGGUCGUAACAAUACAAACUCACUGGAUAAGAGGCAUUUAAUUAUAGUAGAGUAUGUAUAUUUUAAAUGCUAUUGCUUUUUAUUGUUGUCUAUCUGAUAAAGGUUAAUUGGCCUUUUUAAUGUACGACACAUAUCGGUUUUAUCACUUGCCUAGACAAAUAUUCUGGGAAACAAACGAUAUUUUUUGUUUAAGUUACUCCUUGAUAAGUUUUACAGAAAAUGAACUUGAUUAGGGGGAUAACUUAGCUGGAUUCCUCUAUUAACCUUACACGCGUCUCUUAGUCUUCCCUGUCAUGUUAAUCUUACUUCCUGAACUUACGCAUCGCCUAGGGAUAAAGCCAGCAAUAUCCCUUUUGUUAAUUGCUAGAAGGGUAAUGCUUUGCUUUGCUCAUAGUUUAAACCAAGUGCGUGAAUUAACUACCUACUGCACGACAUUUCAACAUAAAACAUAAUUGCUUUCUUACUUCACGAACAAUACAUUUUUCGCGAUAUUUAUUUUAUGUUAUUGGUUUUUUCUCAUGAGUACCAUUUGCCGGGUGCUCAUCCUCGACCUCUGACGCGGCCAUUUCCUAGACCUCUCCACGUCCCUGAAGGAUGGAUGGUUCUUUCAUAUAAUUUUUUCUCCAGAUAAUAAUAUAAAUCUGAUACUUUAUAUUAGAUUAGUUUAUGGUAAGUUUUGUAUGUUUGGUUAGGUCUGGUUAGCUAGGUCGGUUUAAUUAACAUCAGAUAAACUACAUUGAGGCAGUAGUCUGCAACUCUGGGCUUUCUUGUGAGAUGCGUCAACUGUGGUGACGAGAACAGUAAGGUACAGUCUCAUUCACUAGUGCGUUUCCAGGGGCUUGUCGUACAAACAUUACACAAUUCAUUAGUUUUAAGAUAUUUUUUUUAAUAAUGUUUCAGUUUGAUUCCAUCGUAUGUUUACUAUUACUAGUUUCCUUCUGUGAACACACUAGUGAAGAGGACUGUACAACAACCAAGUAGCACCAAGUUGCAGAAGCAGUACAGUACAGGUCUUUCGUACAAAUAUACGUCAGCUGAAACGACAAGUGCAUGCAAGAACGACAAUCGGUAGGGAUGAAGUUGUAUUAGACUCACGUUACGGUCGAAUUCAUAACUACAGCACUAUUCCUAAAAAAAUGUGACUUAACGAACUUAAAACAACUAUCAGUGACGAAGAGGAUUAAAGUUUAAAAUCCCUAGACUGGGCCUUAACCCUAGAUGAGCAGGAGGCCACGUGUGAGGAGAUACUAUCUUGUUUACAUCGUGCGUGAGGUGGGGUCGGCCCGCCUCUCUUCAACAAAGCUCCGCCCACAGCACUGUGCGCGUGAUUGUGGUCAGGUCUGGCAAGGAGGUUCAGUGUGUUUGCCUCUGAGAGCGGAGUAGGUAGAAUUAGAAAGAGUACUGUACAAUAUCAGAAAGAAACUAAAAGUCUUAAUUCUAAAAAUAUAAUCCAGAGAUAAAACACCACUGAAAAUUAAUCACUAGCUGCUAGUUAUCGGAUAACUUUAGCGGAUAACAAGGUCAUUAUUGGGUCAUUGUUAACUUGGUGUUCGGACGGUCGGAGUUAGCCAUCCUGGGUUGGCUGGGGGUGUCUUGCACGCGGAGGUUGUGGAGAGCACUGACCGCCUGGGCUCCUUCACAACACGUCAGCCUACACUCGUCCCUGCGUGCCCCGUGACUAAUCUAAGUGAAAUAAUUUUACUCCAUCGAUCAUAUAUCUGCUGGGUGACAAGUAUAGUGACCACGUGAUGCAGUAUAUUAUUUUAUUCUGUAAACAGUAAAAGGUGACAAGUGGAGUGAAGAAGUUUAUGACUACGAAUACCACCACUAAAACAUUGGUGUCUUAAAGGCAACAGAGUGUAGAUUUGUUAAUGAUCAGUGUUUAGUAGUAAGUGCUUUCACGAAAAAAAGUGUAUAAGUAGUAGAAAACUGUUCCAAGUGACUGUCGUUUCCCGGAUAACUGAUGACCACUAACUGCUUAGUGACUGUUACUCGGUCACAAUAACAUGGAGUCGUUUCGAGCUAUGAUGAUGCUGACGCUGGUGUUGGCGAGUGUGUUGGUUAUAGCUGAGGGAGAAGCUCUCCUCCCAUCCCACUCCCAACUCCUUCACCACUACGACCAACACCCGCUACCCCAAAACCUCCUGAACGAUGUCCAAACACAACAUCCGUCUCCUAAGUUUUUGCGGAAUAUGGUCGACCGAGAUCAUGAACUGAUGGCGAUGGAGACCUACCGCGUCAAGUCGGAUCUCACAGCCACGAAUCCUGGAAGUCUUGAAGAGGGGAGGAGAGUUACCGCGAUAUCUCCUUCAAAUCCUAUCAAGAUCCUAUGGGACUCUCCGUUUAAUCAUCCAGUGUAUUCUACUGACGAAAGACACACUGACGAAGAGGACACGCUGCUGGUUCACGACACUGGUGCUCCUGAGAGUCUGAAGGAGACCAAGAAAAUAGUCAUUCCAAAACUGGAGUACAGUCGGACGUUCACAUCACAAUCACAAGACCACAAGAAGGCCAGUUAUAUCGUCUCCCGCAGUAGUGACCUCCACCAGAAACCUCACAGACGGCAGAAACGAUUUAUCCUCGGAAAGAAUAUAAGGAACAUCGCUGUGCCUCUUAGUAUCUUCAACUACCUGGGUUUCCUGCCAGUUCGCGUGCCAGGGCUGCCCUACCACAACGACCUGCCCUCACCAGAUUACAGUUACUACAACACCAUGCAUGAGGUAUACGCACCAUACGCGAGGAAGACGAGGAGGAGGAGGAAACGAAUUCUGUUUUAAAAAUCAACCUUUUAGUCGCUAUAAGAACUGUACUUCGUGCCGUUCGUCUCUUUUGUUGUGUGUAUUGUUUGUUGUGUUACUAGGUUUACUGUUCAAUUACUCGAAGGCCAAACUAACUUUUUACAGCACUUAAGACUACCCAAGAAAGUAGUGAAAUGAGGAAAUGAUAGUGAGUGAAGUCUUUGGAAUUAAUUUAGUGACUGAACUUUUAUUGUCUCUCUUCUCUCAGCCAAAGUAGUAGUCACUUCAGUGUGUUGUCAUCUUCCUGUUAUGUGUCAAAACAGAAAGAUAAAUUCACGCCAGUCAACGAAUAAUUGUUAAGAGUAAAAUAAACUGCAGCCAAAUAAACAAGUGCCAAAGGAAGCGUCGACGUACUUUGUGGAAAAGGUAAAUACUUGCCAACAGUGCGUAACAGAGACGUGACCGAUCGCCCAAGCGGCUAACGAGCCGAUCAGUGGUGAAGAGGAUAAAACUAACUAAAACAUUGGGAGAUAAUAAAUGACUCAAAUGUUUGCCACUUUCGAAAAAAAAAGAGACUUAGAUAUCAUUAUAUAAUCAAGAACCCUAUAAAGUUAUCGGGAGCACAGAAGCUCCUCUUAAACUUCUUACUUUUAACAUAAAUCCUUAACACAAAACUGAUUAUUUACUCAUAUGUAAUUAAUAGGCAUCGUACUUAAAAAAAAAAGAAAGUACAUCAAGGCCAGAGAAGGUCAUGUAUACACCCAUGCACUAUCAACGCCACAGGUAGUCCCGGAUCACCCAUGAAGAGCCCUUCCCAAUCACCUCAAUACGAAUCUUCUGUUGUCCUGCGUGAGAAACAUUGGUACUGUACUGGGCACCUCCACGCCUCCCUUACAUCUGUUAUACGAGGAGGACUGAGGUGAUGAUAUUAAGUAAAUAAAAUUCAACGAGAUCAGAUUCCGGUUAGGCAGACGGAAUAGAAGGAAUCAAGACAGUGGAGGUGAAAGAAGUAUUGAUAAAAGUGGUCAAGCAAAUCAAGACAUAAAAGGUCAAGCAAAUCAAGGUGGAAGAGAUCAAGUAAAUCCGUUUAAACAAGUUGAAGCAAAGGUGCAUCCAAUAUUCUGAUGAUAUUUCUAUGAACGUCUUCGUCAACAACAAAUAAUUCAUGACCUGAGUUACAACACACCCUCAGUACGGAGUUAAUCUAUAGGUGAAGACGGCACGAUCCCUCUCAGGUUAACGCACUGAAGGAAAUACCAACCUGUGGGCCACGCCUAGAUCUAACGCCUCGAUAAAGAUAAAUACAAUUGAAUUCACAUUUAUUUGUGUGGUGUUGGUAAUUUUAGUAGAGGAAGUGAAAAUCCUGGAUAAUCCUGUGGUCGGACUUAAUGAUGAUACUAAUAAAAAUAUAGUGAGUAGAAGUUCAACUAGUGAUAACAUUCUUUAAAUUAAGUUUAUUAUUGACAUGAAACAAAAGCAUAACGCAGAAAAGGAAAACUUAUGACCUGAAAUAAUAAUAGCAUUGUUAAUUAAAAAUACUCAUAUAAACAUUAUACAGUACAUUAUUUUGAAAUUACAUAUACUCAAUAUAAAAAGUGAAUAAGAACUAGUUAAUUUUGAAACGUGAACCAUGUGGAUAAGGAGAAGAGAUAGAAAACAUCAACAAGACAUCAUCGAACCAGAGGCAAUGGACUGAUUGUAGCAGUUACCCCAAAAAGUCAUCCGAGUGAGGAUGGAGCGCUACGAGAGCCUGGGUGUGGUAGGGGAAGGUUCUUAUGGCCUGGUCCUCCGCUGCCGCCACAAGGAAUCUGGCCAGACUGUCGCCAUCAAGAAGUUCCUGGAGAGUGAGGAUGAUCACACCGUCAAGAAGAUCGCCCUCAGGGAAGUCCGCAUGCUGAAGAAACUACGACACGAGAACCUAGUGAACCUGAUUGAGUUUUUCCGUCGUAAGCGUCGCCUCUACCUGGUGUUCGAGUACGUGGACCACACCAUCUUGGACGAGCUGGAGGCCACGGAGACGGGGCUGGCCGAGGAUACGGCCAGAGCCCACAUCUUUCAAGUCCUUCGGGGCAUCGCCUUCUGCCAUCAGAACCAGAUCAUACACCGUGACAUCAAACCGGAGAACGUGUUGGUCAGUCGUCUUGGCGUGGUCAAGUUAUGUGAUUUCGGGUUCGCGCGGCUGCUGGCUGGUCCGGGAGAGUCCUGUACAGAUUACGUAGCCACCAGAUGGUAUCGCGCCCCUGAGCUGCUCGUAGGCGACACCAGAUACGGCAGGGAGGUGGACGUGUGGGCUUCUGGGUGUCUACUGUCCGAGAUGCUGACGGGAGAACCUCUCUUCCCGGGCGAAUCUGAUAUCGACCAACUCUUUCACAUCAUUCAGACCCUUGGAGAGCUAAGUAACUCCCACCGUCAGAUGGUAGAAAGGAAUCCCAUGUUGGCGGGACUCCGUCUGCCAGCGGCUGCCUCCACGCCCCUGGUCUCCUCCUUCCCAAGCUGGUCCACUCGUGCCCAUGCCUUCGUUUCUGCCUGUCUCUGCCUGGAGCCUUCAGCGCGGCCCUCAGCACAAGAGCUCCUUAACCACGAGUUCUUCCUCCAUGACUGUUUCCCGGACAGCUUCCUGCCAGUGUUAAGGCAGAAGGUGCAGCAGGAGUUCAGCACAAACACUUUGCUUGGAAUGAGCGGUCGUCGUGGCUCCAGCACCGCCGCCGACAGGAGAGGCCGUGGGCGAAAAGUCCCAGGAGGCAACAGCCCUGACAAUAUGUACGGGAGAAGUCUCGUCAGACAAGCAACCACACAGCUCACACCGACCUCCAGACCUGACAAUAUCAACGCUGUUCGCUCGUCCCCCACGAAGCACUCUCAGCUAAGCCAGCCACAGAAUACCCAACAGGUCUCUGUCUCUCGUCCCACGGUGUCUUUUGCUCCCCUGACGCCCUCCCAUGUUCGGAUAGGGGCAGGAGGAGCUUCUGGCAGUACCACGGGAGUGCCUAACACCAGCGGCAGCAGUAGUGGCAGUAACACGGCAAUAGGUGGUAAUGAAGGACCAGCCAACUCUUCUAUGCUCAUACCCCCCUUGAAGGACCUCCACACGACGGCAGCUUCCUCCAACGCCACCAUCACCACACCCUCCUCCUCCUUCAACAACAACAACACCAUCGCCCUCACCCUUCACAUCACCGGCACCACCAACACCACCUCACCCGCCCGCACUGGCAGCUGGGUGAACUGGGAGAGCCCAGCGAUCGACCCACCGACCCAUGGAACAAGAGACGAACGCUGUAUCCACUCGACCGCCGCACUCCCAAAAGGGAACGACAAAAGCAGAAAGUCUCCAGUCAGUCUUUGGGGCGCUAGCGUGAAGAACCGCAGCCAGGGUCUCUGCAUCCAGGGUCAGGGCCAGAAUACAGGGCAGGGCCACCAGGUCCACUGGGAUGAUGAUGACCACCUCGGUCUGCUGUCAGACGGGCCUCCCUCCAUCAUCUCCGGCAUGCGUCACCACACCAGUGACCUCACACGAACUUCAGAUAUGAAUCGUCCGAUGGAUCUGAGUCGCCACCCGUAUACCAUCAGUCUCGACCGGACGAAGGAGCUGGUGGCCAGAGAGUCUCGGGAGAAUGUGGCGGCCAUUCGAGACAGCUUCAGUAGGGAUUACGCAAGAGAUCCACUGAAGGAGAUCAAAGACAACCCCAGGGAUUUGCUGGGACACAGGGACUUGAGGGACUCCAUGCGACGUCCCAAACUCGAGGUCAUGGGAUGGGCCAAGCCUCGCCUGCUCAACGAUGAUCUCUCGCUUCCUAAUGUACCUGGAGUGUCAUCAGCGGUGAACCUGGGCAGCAGCAGCCCCAAGAAGUCUGUGAUUGAGGGUGCGGGAGGCAACAGGUCACGGCGGGGGGCAGGGGUGGUCACCAUGCCCAGUCUCAACACUAUACAGAGAAGCUCCGCCACUUCGGUGAGUCGCUACGACUGACUCAACGCCACCACACUCACCCCUCGCCAACCUCCCGUAUGUGUGAGUGAGAUCGCCCAGUGUGUCGACAAGGUCACCCCAUGCCGUGUUACAAGAUCACCCCAUGCGUUGUUACAAGAAGUCCCAAUGCGUUGUGACAAGAUUGCCAAGAUUGCCCCAUGUGCUGUAAGGAAAUCACCCCAGACGUUUUUACAAGUUCGUCCAGUACGUCGUCAAGAUCACCCCUUGCAUUAUGAUAAGACCAUCCCCGGCCUUGUGAAAAGUUUGUCCAGUACGUCAAGAUCACCCAAUGCGCUGUGAGAAUAAAUAGCUCCUAGGGUCUGUGACAAGGAUAUCCUAUGGGUUGUGAUAAGUUCGUUCCAUGAGCCAUUGUUUUCGUGCCAUGGGAACCAUUGUUUUGUCUUAGGAAGAUAUAUUACUCAUGCCUUUCUUUGUAGGGCAGGGAUUUCUCUCAGCUGAAUGAAAUCGCCUUGCGUUAGCCAGAAUACAACACGUAAGUGCGCCACUGCCCCACAGAGGGUUAAUCUGUUCACAUAACAGAAAAUUACUUGAAAUAAAACUAUGCUUGUUAGACCCUACUUGAGUUCUUUUUCACCGAAUUGAGAAAAAUGGAUACUGUAAUUAUUAUUCCAUUGGGAAGGUCGUUUGUGAUGCCAGUCAUAUUCGAAAGUUCAUAGAAUAUGUUUGGAAUUUUAAAUACAAUAUGUGUAUUUUGUUUUUGAAAAAAAAGUGAAUAGACGAAGAAUUUUAGCCUCAUUGGAAAUACGUAACCUUAAAUCGCGUGUUUGGAGAAGUAAAUGUUGACGGAGUCUGGAUUCAGUUGUAAAUACACCUGUGCAGUAAUGAUUUUGUGGGCUCUCAGAAUAAUGUGAGGCAGCUGAGUGUCCUUGGCCACUGAUGUUAUGCGGAUGAAGUUUAAGGUGUUUGGAAACUCGUUGGCUUGGUGGAUGUUGUGACUUCAAUAGCUACUUCUGUCUGUAUAUUGAGUGAUGGCUUUAUGGUAACUGUCGGUGUACUGGUGAGGGACUACCACAUACUCAUCCUAGCGUGAUCUGCUCAACCAAGAGAAUCAGAGAUGAAAUAAUUAUUUUUUAUCUUCUACAAGAGAAGGAAGACUAGCAACACAAUUAUGUUUUAAAGAAUUUGUCAUAAAAACAAAUGAAAAAAGUUGAUUUGGGAUAGAAAGGACUAAAAUGUAAACUCAGUUAUUUUACUGGGAUUUUCAGACCAUGGUGGACUUAGUAGGAAAGAUAAAACAAUGACUUUCAAGCUGCAGACGUGAAUAGUGUGUGUCUUAUGUUGGGGUUGAUGCCCUACUCAGAUGGUCACGGGCUCACGAGGACCCAUGACAUGCAUACAGAAAAAGUUGUAUUGUCAGAGAACAUGGUAGUAGUGGCGACUACUAGUACUACUACAGAUAACAUGGCUCAUACCUUAAAUUCACGGCUGGCAGUGUUAGUCGUGAUGAUUAUGUGCUCAAUUAAACUGAACAUUUGUGUACGAAAUGUGUGGCGUUGGCCGAGGAUGGUUUGUUUACAUAAUGCUACGAUCGAUCGAUUUUACUUUAGAUAUAUUGAGAUCAACAAGCGGCGCAAAUUCUACGUGAAAUGAUUACAAACUACGAUACCUCAAGUUUCUUUCAUAAAAACAAAUUAUACACGUUAUUAUUCAGUGUUUUCUUAAGGUGUGAUGACGUCUUUCUCUCCCAGCUGAUGCCAUGAAGUACAAAAUUUGUAAAUCUUUGUAUCUGAUAUGUACUUUUUUUUCUGCUGUAAUGUCUGUGGGUAUUCACUAACAUAGCCACCCUUUACCUUCCCCACUCAUGGUGUAACUUUACAUGUGUGUUUCUAAGUCACAUAUGUCAUUAUAAGCCUGAAAAUCCCCUAAUGACAUGAGCUUUGUGUCAUUUGUGAGACAUGUGUAUACUUAGUAAUGUAAUUUCUUUGUAGAUUCUUCAUGUCAUUGAAAGUCACAUGUGUCACUGUAAAUCAUGUCGCCGUAGGCAAUAUAAUUAGGUCACUUGUCACAUGUCCUUGUAAAUCCUUUCUCAUUGUAAGUCACAUGUGUAAUUGAUAAAUCACUUUGUGUCAGUCACAUGUGCCAUGUCCCAAUUUCUUAUUCCCUGAGUCAAUUUGAAAUACAUGUGUCGUAAGUCACAUAUGUCAUAGUCAGUUUACAUGUGCCAGUUACGUGUGUCGUAAGUUACAUGCCUUACUGGUAGCCAACACACAAACAAUGUAUAGCACAUUAGAUAGGCAAGUAAUUGUUGGCAGGUUAAGUCGAGUCAGGUGACAAAAGUCACUUGGUGACUCUAUACCUAGAAGACACUUAGCCAGAGUCGUCAGGUGACUGCUGAUGCCAGAGUCACUUGGCCAAGAUGCCUGGUGAUUCUAGAUGCCCAUGUGGCCUCCUUAAUAGUACUAGCUGCUAGUUCUUUAUACUUAACCAUUAAUCAUUUAGCUUUGUUAUUUUUAUGCUUGUGUGUUCAAGAGAGAAAGAAAGAAAAACAAUGAAAUUUUUAUUCUUUUCUACAAUGCAUGUGUAACAAACUGCUUCUAGUUUUCUAUGGUCAUAACAUCUAUCAUGUGAUAACACCAAAUAUAACUAUGUUCUUGAGGUAA